AGCACUCUCAUAUAUAACUCAUCUCCUAAACCUCCUUUUCAUUCUUCUCUUCUCUUCUCUUCCAUUAUCAUCUCCAUGUCUCUCUAAAAAAACACACACACAACAAAAACAACCUUCACUCUUCAAACCUCAUCAUCAUAAACACCAUCUCGUUGUUCUUAUAAUCUCCAUCAUCUCGUCAACCGAGAUUUCGGCCCAAAACACCAUUGGACCAUAUAUCUCGGAUCACCAAAAAAAAACAAACCUUCAAAAUCUCGUUUCAAGUUUCAAGUUUCAACCAUUUCCAUGGCGGCUGGUCCAACCGAUCGAGCUGCUCCCGCGGCGGCGCCUCUCCACAACCACCUCCACUCUCCGCCGGCGGCGCCGCUCAUCGUUCCGGACUCAUUCGCCAAGGACGCCAUCCUCGCAUGGUUCCGCGGAGAAUUCGCCGCCGCAAACGCCAUCAUCGACGCUCUCUGCGCUCACCUCGCGCAAUUGAGCUCCGUCUCCGGAGACGACGGCCGUUACGAUGCGUUGUUCUCCGCCGUCCACCGCCGUAGGCUCAACUGGAUCCCGGUGCUCCAGAUGCAGAAGUAUCACUCCAUUGCUGACGUGGCGCUCGAGCUGCGAAACGUCACCGACCGAGAGAAAAAUAUCGCCGGAGAAAACGCCGCCGGUGAGAUCGCCGAUGAGAAGGAGAAGAUCGGAGAAGAAAAGGUGACGGAAAUCGAAGAGAACGGUGGCGAACAUAACGAAGAGUAUGAAUCUCCGAAGAGCGAAAUCACUGAUUCAGGGUCUCAAGAAAUGCAGGGAAGUUCAACGAACAAUAUUAACAUAUGUUCCAAUCAUGAAGAAUGUGAAGGAAGAUCAUCACAGAUCAAGUUAACUAAAGGUUUCUCAGCAAAAGAAUCUGUGAAGGGGCACAUGGUUAAUGUUGUGAAAGGUUUGAAGUUAUAUGAAGAUGUUUUCACUGAAUCAGAACUUUGCAAGCUGACAGAUUUUGUGAAUGAGAUCCAUGCUGCCGGCCAGAAUGGAGAACUCUCAGGUGAAACCUUCAUUCUAUUCAACAAACAAGUGAAAGGAAACAAGAGAGAGCUGAUUCAGCUGGGUGUUCCAUUAUUUGGACAGAUAAAGGAGGACACUAAAAGCAAUAUAGAGCCAAUUCCAGCACUUCUUGAACAUGUCAUAGAUCACCUUAUACAAUGGAAGUUAAUUCCAGAGUAUAAAAGGCCAAAUGGGUGUAUCAUCAACUUUUUUGAAGAGGAGGAGUUUUCUCAGCCAUUCCUGAAACCACCACAUCUGGAUCAACCUGUCUCCACUCUUGUUCUCUCUGAAUCAACUAUGGCUUUUGGGCGAAUCCUUAUGAGUGAAAAUGAUGGAAACUACAAGGGUCCACUCAUGCUCUCAUUGAAGAUGGGGUCACUUCUGGUGAUGAGAGGGAACAGUGCUGACAUGGCAAGGCAUGUGAUGUGUCCAUCUCCUAACAGAAGGGUCAGCAUCACCUUCUUUAGAGUGAGGCCAGACUCAAACCAAUCCCAAUCACCAACCACUCCAACAAUGACUGCAGGUGCAAUGACCCUUUGGCAACCAAGCAUUGCUAGCCCAUAUGGUGCUGCUAUAACUGGUUAUGAUGGUAUGGAAAUGAUGAUGCCAAAAUGGGGUAUGAUCCGUGCCCCGAUGGUGAUGCUAGCCGCUGCCCCUGUGCCCCCUAUGGUAUUGAACCCUCGCAAGCUUGCCGGUGGUGGUACUGGUGUUUUCUUGCCAUGGAAUGUGCCAUCAAGAAAACCUCCAAAGCAUCUUCCGCCGAGGGCACAAAAAGGAAGGCUUCUAGCUUUAAGUGCCCCACCAGUUGAACCACACAUUGGUGAGUCCACUUCAGAGCCAAGCAUAAGUGUUGAAGGAUAGGAAGAGACAAGUUAAGUUUUUUGAAGCAGCCUUCAGCUUCAAAGUCCAGAGUAAUGUGCAUUCAAGAAAAAGGGCGUUGCUAAUGCCUUGGCUCUUUGCUCUCUCUACACUUUGGAGCAUUUUCUUUUGUUGUACAAACUAGACAUGCCUCAAGUGCAGCUAGAGAAGUUUGGUUAAUUUUUCAUUUUUUCCCCUUCACCCCUUUUAGCCCUUUUAUUUCCACAAGAGUAGCGAGUAGUGGUGUCCAACACCUCUACUUUCUUUUUUUCUUUUUUCUUUUACUUCUUUUUGAGCUUCAGUAGAAUAGUCAAGCUUUCAUAUUUGAAGAGUGUGAAUUAUCUCGAGGGUAGAAUUUUGUAAGAAUUAUAAAUUUAAGUUGAUCAUCUUUUUUUUUU